CUCUCUUCCAACACUUAGACAAAUUUAGGCUAGGUUUUAGAGGAGAAAAAGAGAAACAGAAGAGCAGAGAAGCGGCUAGGGUUCUUGGAAGGGAGGCCUUGAGCGUGAAAAGAAAAAAAAUAGAGUGAAGGAAGGGUGGCGGCUGACGGGAAGAUCAGGAGAGAAAGACGCGGCAACGGACAGAGGAGGAAGAACCAGGUCACCACCAGUCCGCGUCCGCUCUGCAUGCUGUCUGCCAUCGCCAACACCGCGCACAACCUCCUGGGCUGCUGCCGUUCUCUGUAACACUAGAUGAAAGCUCUCGGACGAAGUCAGACCUAGUCAUCUUCCAAUUCCAACUCACCGUCUUCGGCUUCGUCAUAAUCGCCGUCGCCACCGCUCAAGCAUUAGGUACUUAGAAGCCAAACAAAUAUAUGACAUUCUCCUCAAGUCAACUCCAGAAAGCCGUAAUAUAUUUGGAAGGCUUUCAGGUGCUGCUGGUGCUUGGGAGGCAAUUGUGCGUGCUUUUGAGAAGGAUUCAAUUUUCCUGGGAGAGGCUGCUCAGAUAAUGGUCCAAAAUGUUAAUUAUGAAAUACCUUAUCAGAAGAAGCAGGUACAGAAGAUUCAGCAGCAACUUGUUGAACUGGAGCGGAAGGAAUCUGAGAUAAAAAGAAAUGCAGCCCUUUCAGCAACUAAAUAUGCAGAGGCUUGUCAGGAUCUGGGAUUGCAGGGAGUAAAUGUGAGGUCAGAGCUGUUAGAAACUGCAAGUAAAACUCUUCCAAGCACAUUUAGCAGGAUACUAGAAGUAUUGAAUGGUGAUUCUGUGUCACUGGCUAUUGAAUUCUAUUCGGCCUUUGUCAGAGAUGCUCAUUCUGAACAGGAGGUAAGUGAGAGUAAACAGUGUCGGAAUCUGAACUUUCUGGGUAAAUAUAAAAGCAUGGUGGAGUAUGUUAGCACUGCAAAAUCAUGGGCUUUCAUGGAAUCUCAUUUGCCAGCAUUUAAAGAGAUCAAUCCCCAGCUGGAGGUGGUAACUGAGCUUAAUUGUGGUCAGCAUCCAUAUUUGAAGGGACUAUACCGUUCUAACACGAUUCCCAAGAAGAAGCCAGUCAUUGCUGUGAAGAUGGUUUUUGAUUUGAAGACUACAAGGCCUAUCGUGCUCAUGUUUUGUUCUAGAUGGGAAUCGUGCUCAUAUUUUUGUAUAGAACUUUACUACUCUCUAUUGUGGAUGGGAAAUCACUAGUAUUGUAACUGAAUGGCUUAUUUUGGAUGGUGCAUGCUUUAUGACUCAUUUGAGGCAA